AUGGCUCUCCGCCAGCUUGCCCGCGCCCCCAUGCUCGCGCGCUCCGGCCUCGCGCCCCGCGUCGUCGCCGCCCCCCUCUUCGCUGCCCGUCAGGCCGCUGCCACCGUUUCGGCCAGCCCCGUUCUGUCGCGUGCCUACGCGACUGCCCCCGCUGCCGCUGCCCCCGACGCCGGCUCUAGCUCCAACGGCGGCGCUCCUGAGCCCCCCAAGCAGGGCAAGUUCCGCCGCUUCGCUACCAACUUUGGUCGCGUCACCCUCGUCGUCGCCAUUACUGCCACUGGCGCCUUCCUGUACGUGACCCAGAGCGAGGCCCACCCUGGAACCCAGCUCGAGCAGGACCCCACCAAGCCCACUCUUGUCGUUCUCGGCUCGGGCUGGGGUGCCACGUCGUUCCUCAAGAACCUCGACACUGACGAGUUCAACGUCGUUGUCAUCUCGCCCCGCAACUACUUCCUCUUCACCCCUCUCCUCCCCUCCGUCACUGUCGGUACCCUCGAGGCCCGUUCCCUCAUCCAGCCCACUCGCUUCAUCACCCGCCACAAGAAGCGCGCCGUCCAGGUUUACGAGGCUGAGGCCCAGGAUGUCGACCCCAUCAAGAAGACUGUUACCUUCCAGGACAUCUCGGAGAUCAAGGGCACCACCGCCUCGGUCACUGUCCCCUACGACUACCUCGUCUACGCCGUUGGCUGCGAGAACCAGACCUUUGGCAUCAAGGGUGUGACCGAGUACGCCUGCUUCCUCAAGGAACUCACGGACGCCGACAAGAUCCGCCAGAAGCUCAUGGACUGCAUUGAGACCGCUGCCUUCAAGGACCAGUCCCAGGAGGAGAUUGACCGUCUCAUGCACAUGGUCGUUGUCGGCGGUGGCCCCACCGGUGUCGAGUACGCCGGUGAGCUCCACGACUUCCUUAUCGACGACCUCAAGAAGUGGUACCCCGAGGUCGCCGACCGCCUGCGCAUCACCCUCAUUGAGGCCCUCCCCAACGUGCUCCCCGCCUUCUCCAAGCAGCUCAUCCAGUACACCGAGUCCACCUUCCGUGAGAACAAGAUCGACGUCCUCACCCGCACCAUGGUCAAGGACGUCAAGGAGCAGUCGGUUGUCGUCCAGGACGCCAACAAGGAGAUCCGCGAGAUCCCCUACGGUCUCCUCGUCUGGGCUACCGGUAACACUUCGCGCCCCAUCACCCGCAACCUCAUGAACAAGCUCCCCGGCGCCCAGAACGUCCGCCGCGGUCUCGUUGUCGACGACUACCUCAACAUGACCGGCGCCGACCAGGUCUACUGCCUUGGUGACUGCACUGCCACCCAGUACGCUCCCACCGCCCAGGUCGCCUCGCAGCAGGGCCAGUACCUCGCCCAGGUCUUCAACAAGCUCGGCCAGAAGUCCAAGUUUGAGCGUGACCUCGCCGCCGCCCGCGCCACCGGCACUGCCGAGCCCGCGGAGAUUGAGAGCCUCGUCAAGAAGCUCAACCGCGUCGCCAAGGUCAACCCCUUCCACUACUCGCACCAGGGCUCGCUCGCCUACAUUGGUUCGGAGAAGGCCAUUGCCGACCUCCCCCUCUUCAACGGCAACGUCGCCUCGGGCGGUGGUGCCGCUUAUCUCUUCUGGCGCUCGGCCUACGUCUCGACCCUGUACUCGAUCAGGAAUCGUACCCUCGUCAUGGCCGACUGGAUCAAGGUCAAGCUCUUUGGCCGUGACGUGUCCCGUGCUUAA